AGAUAAUACAGAUAAUACACUUCAAUUUCAAGUUGAAACUUUUAACUUUCAACUUUCAAAUGAACAAUAUUAAUGAUUAAAUAUGUUUGUACUUAUACCGCUAACAAAGCUAAAACUACCAAAACGCUCGUAAUAAAUCCAUUACUUUACAUCACUUGUAGCAAUUUUAUUUUUGUCGUCCAAAAUAGCAAAACGUACAUUUUCAAAUUACCUAUCUCUUCUACUUGACAUACUUACUAUUUAGAUACAACAAGAUCAUAAUAUUGUAAUAUUUAUAACAACAUGGACAAGAAAAAUGCAGAUGUUGGACAUGAGACAACGGUGCACUGGUUCAGGAAAGGUAUGCGUUUGCAUGACAACCCAGCAUUUAGGCUAUCGUGUGAAGCGAGAAAUAGUAAAGGUGAGUGUUUCAAACUUAGACCAAUUUACAUACUGGACCCUUAUUUCCGUAAAUACAUACGGGCAGGUGCGAACCGUUGGAGGUUCUUGCAGCAGAGCCUGGUGGACUUAGACACUACAUUACGGAAACUAGGAACACGGCUAUAUGUUAUCAGAGGGUUGCCACAUGAAGUUUUUCCGGACUUGUUUGCUAAAUGGAAUGUAAAACUGUUGACGUUUGAGUUGGACACUGAACCAUACGCUCGUGAGAGGGAUAAUCAAGUGGAACAACUGGCCAGAAAACAUGGUGUCAAAGUAGAACAAAAGGUCUCGCAUACUAUUUAUAAUACUGAACUUGUACUCAGAGCAAAUGGAGGUAGUGUUCCAAUGACUUACCAGAAGUUUAUAUCUGUUGUUGAGUCUAUGCCAAAUCCUCGUCGACCAAUACCUGCACCAGAUACGUUGCCUCCCGAGUGUCUACUUAAUGAUGACUUGAAUAACCAAGAGUUUGAUGUGCCAACAUUGAACGAAUUAUUAACUUUAAAGGGUUUUAACCCCGCAGAACUUAAACCAUGUUUAUAUCCUGGUGGAGAAAAAGAAGCUCUCAGGCGUUUGGAAGAAUAUAUGAAAAACAAGACAUGGGUAUGUAAAUUUGAAAAACCAAACACAUCACCAAAUAGUCUGAAACCUAGCACUACUGUAUUAAGUCCAUACAUGAAAUUUGGGUGUUUAUCAGCCAGUCAUUUUUAUUAUAGAUUAAAAGAAGUUAUUGGUAAUAGCCCUCAUUCUAAACCCCCUGUAUCUCUGAUUGGUCAGUUGUAUUGGAGAGAGUUUUAUUAUACUGUUGGGGCUUCAACUCCCAAUUUUGAUAAAAUGGAAGGCAAUCCAAUUUGCUGUCAGGUACCAUGGGACAACAAUCCUGAUGCGUUAGAAGCCUGGACAAAUGGUAAGACAGGAUACCCAUUCAUUGAUGCUAUUAUGAGACAAUUGAGAGAUGAAGGAUGGAUACACCAUUUAGCUAGACAUGCUGUUGCAUGUUUUUUAACCCGAGGAGAUUUGUGGAUAUCUUGGGAAAAGGGCUUAGCUGUAUUUGAAGAAUUAUUACUAGAUGCUGAUUGGUCAAUGAAUGCUGGAAAUUGGAUGUGGUUGUCAGCAUCAGCAUUUUUCCAUCAAUUUUUUAGAGUUUACAGUCCAGUUGCAUUUGGUAAAAAGACUGAUAAGAGUGGUGAUUACAUUAGAAAAUAUAUUCCAGAAUUGGCCAAGUAUCCAGAUCAGUAUAUAUAUGAACCAUGGUCAGCACCUAAGUCCAUUCAAGAAAGAGCGGGUUGUGUGAUUGGAGUGCAUUAUCCAAAACGAGUGGUAGUGCAUGAAGAUGUAUACAAAAAUAAUAUUACAAAAAUGUCACUGGCUUAUAAGAGUACCAAAGCUGGUAAGAGUUCUUCUAAUACUAAAAAAUCUAGAGAAAUGUCAUCCCCGGAUAAAAAAAAUAUAAAAAAAGCUAAAUUAAAAUGAUUUUGUUUUGUUAUUCAAUUUGUUUUGAAUAAAUAAUUUCUUAUGUGAUUUUAAUUUUUAAUAAUUUUAAUAAUUAUAUUAUUGUUAUACUAUUUAUACUGUAUUAAACACUUGAAUGUAUAUUUUUUGAACUCAAGAAUUAAUAUUUUUAUGCAUUGGUAGGUAUACUUGGUAAAUAUAAGAUAAUUAAAGUAAUUAUAAGUACCUAUUGUUUCAAUUUUCACAUCAAUAAUAAUAAAUUAUAAGUUACUUAAUGUACAACAAAACUUUUCUAUAAUGUAUUAUUUUUGAUAAUUUUACCCAACUUAAUUUUUUAAUUAAAUGUCGAAUCUCGUAUUAA